AUGGAGAGGCAACAAGUUAUUUAUUUAUCCGUACUCUGGCUAAAUAUCCUUUGUAUUACUAACGGGGCCUACAAGUUUAACUCAUUAACUUGCGAGGUUGUUCCACCGGCAAGUAUUAACAAUUAUGUGUGCCGCAUAAAGGCGAUUGAUCGAAAACAUAAUAUGCUUAGCGUUGCAUCCUACGCUCUUAAAAACGUCUCAGAGUUUGGAAUCCAUUUUAAAAUGGUUAAAAGAGAGAUUGGCGGUUGGCAUCCUUUUUUGUACGACAUGAAAUUGGACCUUUGCGAGUUCUUUAAGAACCGAAGGAAGUUCUUUAUUCCUAAUUUUAUAUAUUCCUUUAUGAAGUCAUUCACAAAUAUCAAUCACACAUGCCCAUAUCUGGCUGGCGCAGACUUGGGACUUUGGAAUUGGACACCAGACGAAGCUGGAGUCUUAUCAAAAUUUCCAGUUGAACAUGGCCAAUACGGUUUGCACACAACUUGGUACUUUAAUAAAAAACUGGCAUUCAAAAUGAAUGGUUCAGUACUAUUCUUUUAA